AUGUCGGUAACAGCAGGUGUUAGUGAUACUGUGAUUGCAGUCAGGGAUAAGCUCAGAGGUAACAUUGGGAAAACAAAAGUCAAAAGGUGUUGGCCUGGAAAAGCUCCCGAGUGGGCAUAUGAUGCCGACGAAGAUGGGGAUAUUAGGAUGUUCACAGCUGCUUCAUUGGAGAAAGCUUUCCCAACUCAGGAAUAUGACGUUGUUAGAAAAGAUUAUCCUAGACUCCGCUGUUUGGCUGAGAGCAGGAUUGAUAAUCGGGAUGAUGUUAGAGUUGAUCAUAGGCGUAUCCGGCAAGCUGAGAUUGUUUCAACAAUUGAAGAGGAAUCCAAGGGGCAGGAAGGGUUAGAAGCUGAGGAAGAGGACGCAGAUGCUUUGGAGGAAAGAAGAAGAAGGAUAAAGGAGAAGUUGCGUCAAAGGGAGCAAGAAGAAGCUCCACUCCUGUCAGAAGACGAGGAAGAAGUAAAGGAAGAGGAGGAAGAGGAGUCUGAGUAUGAUACUGACUCGGAAAAAGAGCUUACUGGUAUGGUGAUGCUGAAGCCUGUCUUUGUUCCCAAUUCAGAGAGAGAUACUAUUGCUGAACGGUUGCGACUUGAGGCUGAAGAACGAGCCCUUGAAGAAUCAAGGAAGAAGAAUUUGGAGGAAAGGAAGAGAGAGACAAAGCAGAUUGUGGUUGAGGAGAUUCGGAAGGGUUUGGAACAUGAAGCAAAUGUUGCUGAUAUUGAUACUGAUGAUGAAGUAAACGAGGCAGAGGAGUAUGAAACUUGGAAGGCAAGAGAGAUAGCCAGGAUCAAGAGGGAUAGGGACGAUCGGGAGGCGAUGUUAAAAGAGAACGAAGAGAUUGAAAAGGUUAGAAACAUGACAGAGGAAGAGAGAAGGGAGCGGGAGAGGAAGCAUCCGAAAGCUGCACCACGACGAAAGCAGAAGUGGAGAUUCAUGCAGAAAUAUUACCACAAGGGUGCUUUCUUCCAGUCAGAAGCUGAUGACUAUGCUGCAACUGUCGGAACAGAUGGAAUUUACACGCGUGAUUUCUCUGCCCCAACUGGAGAAGAUAAGAUGAACAAAACAAUAUUGCUCAAGGUCAUGCAGGUCAAACAUUUUGGUCACAGCGGAAGGACGAAAUGGACGCAUCUUGUCAUUGAGGAUACCACUAAUUGGAAAAAUCCGUUGAGUUUUAAGCAUUUGUUCGCAUUUUUGUAUCCGUUGAACGUUGCACCUGUUCGUUGAUACGUCUAAAUUUUCA